AUGGCCUCACAUGGUGUCAGUGUUCAUUACAUUUGCUACUGUUCCGUUGUACUUGCUUAUAAUGUGGGCGCUUCUGUGGAGACCAAAACUAUCUUCUUUUCAUAUUCUAAUGUUGUCUCAGUGCAAAGAUAUAUCAGCAUUUGCCUAUUUCGCACUACGGUUGAGAAGAUGAUGCUGCGUAUGCCGCUUCUCCUUUUCGUACUGCUACAUUGGUCAUCAGCUCUUCUUGUCACAUCUCCUUUACUCACGUCGUUAAAUGUCACAUACGAGCCAAAUAGAAAUUUUGAUUUGCGCACGCCGCCAAAUGAUUUAGCGCUUGCAAAUAUGAUCUCUUUUAUACUCGUUACUGUGUUAUUUAUAAGUUCAUUUUGUUCCUAUGUAUCAGUACUUGCUCAUAUUUUACGCAACAAAUCUACGGUUGUAAGAGCAAGGAGACAAGAGAUUCGACUGAGUAUACAGAUUACCGGCUUGAUGGUUGCCUUCUUAUUUGUUCUUGUUUACAACCUUGGUCAGUAUAUACUAAAUGAUUCUCAGCAGACCAUUAUGCUGUACUCAUGGAGGAAAGUGCAUCCCAUAAUGAACACUUUUCUGUCUGCAGUUCAAGCAUGGAUGUGUUUAUUCUUCAACAAUGACGUGCAAUACAAACUAACCAAAUUGCUAGGAUGCGGACGACUUAAGGCGGUAGAUUUACUUGAAGCAAACUUUCUAGGAGAUCUGGUACAGUCGAGUAGAUUUCCUGCUUAA